AUGACAAUACUACGUACUGUAAUAGCCCAUCACUAGCUAUGACACAGUGAGACAGCGUCUGAGUCCGACAGGUAAGAAAACCACAUGUGCGUAUAAUGUAAAAACUCUCGCACGGCCGUAUUUUUGCCUCUCGCCAAAGACCAGAAUCUCCCCGUCCCCGAUCUUAGAUUCAGAGAUCAACAAUCAAUGGCCAGUGUCCAGCAGGAAGAACCAGCCAAUUGCGAUGGACGCGCGCGCCGGGUGCUGCUGUUCCCGCUGCCGUUCCAGGGCCACAUCAACCCGAUGCUGCAGCUCGCCGACGUGCUCCACGGCCGCGGCCUCGCCGUCACCAUCCUCCACACCGGCUUCAACGCGCUGGAUCCGGCGCUCCACCCGGAGUUCACCUUCGUCCCCGUGCCCGAUGGCAUCCCCGCGGACGUCGCCGCGUCCGGGAGCAUCAUCUCCAUCAUCCUCGCCAUGAACGCCGCCAUGGAGGCGUCGGGAGCCGUCCGCGACGUCCUGGCGUCCGUGCUCGCCGACGACGGGCAGCCCCCCGCCGCGUGCCUCUUCAUCGACGCCAACCUCCUCGCCGUGCAGAAGGCCGCCGCGGCGCUCGGGCUCCCGACGCUGGUGCUGCGCACCGGCAGCGCGGCGUGCUUCAGCUGCUUCCUCGCGUACCCCAUGCUCCACGAAAACGGCUAUCUGCCUCCCAAAGAAGCGGAGCUCUACACGCCGGUGAAGCAGCUGCCGCCGCUGCGUGUAAGGGACCUGUUCCUCUCCAGCAGCAACAACCACGAAAUGGUGCGCAAAGUCCUGGCCAGAGCCACCGAGACGGUGAGGAACUCCUCCGGCCUGGUGAUCAACACGUUCGACGCCCUCGAAACAGCUGAGCUCGAAAGGAUCCGCGGCGAGCUGGACGUCGCCGUCGUGCUCGCGGCCGGGCCCCUCCACAUGCUGUCCGCAAGGAGCACGGGGAGCACGCUGCUGAGCGAGGACCGUAGCUGCAUCGAGUGGCUGGACGCGCAGGCCACGGGGUCCGUGCUGUACGUGAGCUUCGGGAGCCUGGCAUCCAUGGACGCCGGCGAGCUCUCGGAGGUGGCCUGGGGUUUGGCCAACAGCGGCCAGCCCUUUCUGUGGGUCGUACGGCGGGAUCUUGUGCGGGGAUCGCAGCACGGAUCGGAUCUGCCGGAAGGGUUUGACCGUGCGGUGGAGGGGAGGGGGAAGGUGAUCCGGUGGGCCCCGCAGCAGGAGGUGCUGGCCCACCCUGCAGUGGGUGGGUUCUGGACCCACAACGGGUGGAACUCGACGCUGGAGAGCAUCGCCCAGGGUCUCCCCAUGAUUUGCAGGCCUCAGUUCGCGGACCAGAUGAUGAACACGAGGUACGUGGAGGCGGCCUGGGGUAUCGGGUUCGAGCUGGAGGGUGAGCUCGAGAGAGGAAAGAUCGAGAAGGCGAUUCGUAAGCUGAUGGAAGAGAAGCAGGGGGAGGUGAUGAGAGAAAAGGCAAAAGAGCUAAAGGAAAAGGUCGUGUCGUGCUUGGGGAGUGGCGGAUCUUCUCUGUUGGCCGUCGAUAAAUUGAUCGAUCAUAUCCUAUCUCUGUAAUGUUUUUACCUCUAUCUUACUAGAUAAUACAUUCUCGUAGUUGAAUAAUUUCCGCAAAAAAAGAAGAAGAAUUGACGCCACCGCGCACCACAGAUCAUACUGCAGUCUCGUUGAACGUAGUUACUUUUUCCCCAUGUUCUUUUUCUUUUUAGUGAAAUCUCCAUGUUCGUAUUGCUCCAUUGGUUUUAA